AUGGCGCCGAUUUUUCAUCUCUCUCUAGAGAUUACCAGCCAUAUAGUCGAGCAUCUUUCGCCCAAUGAUUUCUUGUGCCUACGCCAAACGUGCCACACGCUCAAUAAUACGACACUUCAUAUAUUUUCUCAGAAGUACUUCCGCACGCGCCGCGUGAUGCUUGAGCGCCGAAGCUUGGAAGCACUAGCUAAUAUUGCCGAGCAUCCUGCUCUCGGCUCAUCUAUUGAAGAAGUAGAAAUAUGCACUAAUUACCUCUUGCCUCUUGAUGAGCUGCGUAUUAUUGAACCGCUCUCAAGGCCCUUUUCAGAGAUGGCUGCCGAGAGAGAACGCAGGGAAAAUGGCCAAGAUGAAGAGACCGACGAAGAAAUGGAGGAAGAGGACGAAGGAGAAGGAGAAGGUGAGGAUGGAGAAAAUACAAGCGGCGAAGAAGCUGACAGUGAUGAUGAUGAUAACCACUACCCUCACUUACGUCGGCUAAACGAGACAGCUUAUUGCAAGGCUUUCAAUGACCAGGAGGAACUCAUUAAGCGGGGAGGCGACAUCGUAUAUCUCACGCGUGCCAUGAAGGGCCUCGUUAACUGCAAGACCAGAAGGAUCACAGACGACAACAGGGUCUGGGGCCUGAGACAUUUGUGGAGAGAAAUCGGCAUACUGCCGCAAAGGUGUCUUACCUUUGAGUCGUCAAAAAGCGUCAAGCUGGUCCGCCGAAUGCUGCAUGCUUUUUUUACUGCGCUUGCCGAAAGCAACGCCUCCAUUGAUUUUUUGGAGGUCGCUUCUGGCUGCGUUGUCGAUAAUGCCAACCGCAUAAGUCCCGACAUGCUUGCUAAGCCUUCAUCUGCGACUUUGGAUAACUUUCGGCUUAAAACCCUGACCACCCUAUAUCUUAAUCUUGAUCACCUUGUCGAGUUGUCUUGCAGGGUCAUACGGCUGACAGCUUGCAGGGCUUAG